UAUCUCUUUCUUUAAUUUUAAAAAACUCACCAAAGGCGAGAGACAUAGAAAAAUUCUAUGAACAAAACUUCAAGCUUCAGGAUAUACAUCGACAGGCGUUGAUCACAUUAAUAUGUGAAUAUUUUAUCGACAACCAUCUUCAUUUGAAUUUAUACACUAGCUACAUGCUAGAGGAACAAAUAUUGCAAAGAUUCAAAGGGGAAAAGCUUGAGUUUUACCGCACUGGUAAAAGAGGUAAAAUAUAUGCCAAGUUUUGCAAUUCGAAGACCUCCUCUAGAUUGGCUGUUAAAAGAUCUAUCUUUCCUAAAGCUGAAAAUGCUGAAGUAACUGAGAAAUCAAAGAAAAAACAUUUGAUGGAAUUCACUCCGGAAGUUGAUGCAGAAGAGUGUAUUAGGAGCAUCAAAUAUGAUAACUUGUCAACUUCAGAGUUCGACAGCUGUUGGCAAGCUUGUAGCCAAUUUAGACUGGAUCAAAUAUAUAAAGAGACAACUUUACACACCAUUUUUGAGGAAUGGCCGGAUUACAAGAAGCCAGGAGGUUAUCGUUUGAUUGACAAGGAUUUUGGGGUUGUUUUUCGAAAUUCCCCAGGAGUUCUUUUGAAGUAUCCAGAGCAGGCUGGCAAUCUGAGAAAGUUUUUACUAGAUGAAGAUCACCUGCGAGACAAAAAUUUACGAAAUAUGGUGAACCAAAUUGACGAAAAUGAUAUUAAAACUGAUAGUGCAGCAGUAAAAUUAUUUUGGUGUCUCCACGGCUAUUUGAUACCAACACAAAAGGGCAGCCGGAAAGAUAACUCUGGAAAAAGUAGUACUGUAAGGUUUACUAUUAAAAGCUCUCAAGAGGCUUUCCUUUUUAUUGGGUCCAGCGUACAAGAACUCGAUGACCAUAUAGCAUUUUUGAAAAGCAAGUCAGAAAAUAUACAACCAUUUAUACUUGCCGUUGGGGAUAAGGAUUUUGAAAACUUUUCGAACUACUACGUUUACCUUGAUGGUAUUAAGUUCGUGUUUUCAAAUUUUUUGAGAGCAAUUGAUAUAUGUUUCAAGUGCUUCAACUUGUUUAAUUUGGAGUAUCCGUUAGCGUGCUCACAAUUAUGGACAUUUAUUGAGCACUACUUCUACGAGCUCAACAUUUCUAAAACAAAAUCCCCUAAAAUGUAUUUACUCAUCGAAGCGUUAAGAAAAAGCGCUCUGACUCAAGAUGAUGAAGUUGCAGAUUCAGAAGCCGGCCUCGGAUAUAUUUAAUUAAGUUUUAUAUACAUAUGUACACAUAUUAAUUUUUGUUAAUUGUUUAAUUAGAAUCAAUUAUAAAUUAUUUUAUUUAAAAUGUUAAAUUUUAAGUGUUAAAUACUUUCUUUCUAUUAUAAAUUAUUUUAAUAUAAAAUAUAUUAUGGGCUUGUAUAAG